AAUCCAGAACAAAGGGGUUGGAGUGGGGGUGAGGGUCUCAUUCUUCUCUUCCAUGCAUGGAAUACUAUCCUGGAAUUCCUUCCUUUAACAAUGAAAUCUAUAAGGAGAAUAGACAGGGGAAUGUGUGUGUUAAUGUCCUAGCUUGGGGUCAUAUUUUCCCAGUGAUGUGAUAAACUUUAGUGCCAAAGAGAGAAUGAAUUUCAAAGAGUUCUUUGUCCCCUUUCCAGCUUUAGGAAAGAGGAGACCUUAAUUCCUCUUUGCAGCUGUUUUUCCAGCAGUGAUCAGAUUAAAUAUUAGCUCGUCACCCCAACCCGCCCCCCACGAGCGUGUGCAUUACAAAAACUGACUAAUCUUUGAGCCUUGUAUUAAGCAAUGCAGAAUAUCUCCCAGCUUGGUUUGUGUUACAUUUUUGACCUCUUUGGAGACUGCAGUUAUAGGCUUGGUUACUCUCUCAGUCUCCAUGCCUCAGUAAAUAAAAGUAAUAUUCAGUCGGGCUGCAUUUGCUCACUGGCUUAUGCAGAAGUAUAGCAACAUUUCAAGCUUCACAAAAGAACCAGCAUAAACCGUUCAGUGGAGGACAAUGGAGCUCUGCAAAGAUACAUCUGUGAAAAUGAAUGACGGGCACAGAAUUCCUGUGGUUGGAUUUGGUACCUACGCCCCCGAUACAGUUCCAAAAAGUAAGUGUGAGGAGGCUGUAAAGGUGGCCAUUGAAGUUGGCUACCGCCAUAUAGAUGGAGCCUAUUUCUAUGAGAAUGAGGAAGAGGUUGGGCGAGCCAUUCGAGAGAAGAUUGCAGAUGGAACAGUCAAAAGAGAGGACAUAUUUUACACAGGAAAGCUUUGGAGCACCUUUAACGCUCCUGUGAUGGUCCAAUCAGCCCUGAAAAAGUCACUGAAGAGCCUGCAGUUUGACUACAUUGAUCUCUAUAUUAUUCAUACACCCCUAUCUUUAAAGCCUGGAGAUGAUUUACUCCCAGAGGAUGGAAAUGGAAAAUUGAUUUUUGAUAACGUAGACCUUUGUGCCACAUGGGAGGCCAUGGAGGCAUGUAAAGAUGCAGGCUUGGUGAAGUCCAUUGGAGUGUCCAACUUCAACCGCAGACAGCUGGAGAUGAUCCUGAACAAACCUGGACUCAAGUACAAACCUGUCUGCAACCAGGUUGAAUGUCAUCCUUACCUCAACCAAAGGAAAUUGCUGGAGUUCUGCAAAUCCAAAAAUAUUGUGCUGGUGGCUUUUAGUGCCUUGGGAUCUCACAGAGAGGAGAGAUGGGUGGAUCAAAGUACUCCACUUCUGCUAGAGGAUCCAGUACUGAACGCUCUGGCCAAAAAAUACAGCCAAAGCCCAGCUCUAGUAGCCCUGCGCUACCAGCUGCAGCGUGGUGUCGUGGUCCUUGCCAAGAGCUUCACCAGAAAGCGUAUUGAAGACAACUUCAAGGUGUUUGACUUCCAGUUGACAGAGGAGGACAUGAAAGCCAUUGAUAGCCUGAACCAAAACCUUCGCUAUGACCUGUGUCCACAAUUUUUGGACCAUCCUGAGUAUCCAUUUGCUGAUGACUAUUAAAGAGGAUCCAUUUGCAAUUCCUGUGUUGUUAGCAACUAGUAAUAAUGCUCUAUACUUAGGGCCAAUUCUAGAGGGAAAAUACCAUUUAUAACACUGUUGCCAUCACCUUCUCUAUUGUGUAAUUUAACCUACACGGUAAGGAGAUAAAUCUCAUCCUUACAAUGACUUGCCUUCUUGCUUUUGAUAAUGCUGAGCAGGAAAAGGGGUAUUUUGAAUAUAGUUAUCAGUUCCUGCCCCUGAUCUUUCAUAAAUAUUUUGUCUUCAUUCUGAGCUGCUAGAACUUAAUCCCUUGGAAUGAACCGUGCCUCCUGAAAAUCUCAGCCAAGCUAGUAUGUAAAAACUUAGUGACUAACCAAAUAUUAGGUGGUGGUAUAGCCUUGUUAAUUCCAGGAUUUUAAGUAGACAAGGUGGGUGAGGUAUUAUCUUUUAUUGGAUCAGUUUCUGUAAGUCAAUGAGACAAGCUUUUGAGUUACACAUAGCCUAUGCAACCUGAAGGAGAGCUCUGUGUAAGCUCAAAAGCUUGUCUCUUUCACCAACAGAAGUUGGCCCUAUAAAAGAUAUUACCUCACCCCCCCUUGUCUCUCAAACAUCAGGAACUCAUUUGUGGCUCAGUCCUGGAGCACUCCCAUGGGAGUGGAGGAUGCUCAGGUUUGGUGUCAGCUAGCAUCUCACUGAACUCAUCAGACACAAAUUUUCACUUAACACAAUCCUCUGCCCUCACAACAAAGAUGUCCCAGUAUCUGUCAAACUAAAUGAAGAGGAAAUAGAAGCUCUGAGCUCCAUUUAGAGACAUGUUUAGCAUAUUUCAUUUGACUCCAUCAUAGUAAUAAAAGCUCUCACUACACCCA